AUGGCGACGUCGAACCACGCCGCCGACGGCCCAGUAGUCAAGCGCGGCCUCGAGGCGACCACGAUAUGCUUCUCCGAGGAGCCCGCGCUGGCAGAGGCAGACUCCGGCGGCGGCCACCGGUUCGCCCUGCGCGUGACGUGCAGCGUGACGCGGUCCCUGGAGUUCCGCAAGAGCGGCCAGCGUCUGAACGUGCUGCGGCAGGAGUACACCGGCUUCGGCCGCGAUUCCGCCAUAACGUUCCCCGUCGGCGACCUGUCCGCGCUCCAGAGCGACACCGCCUGCCGAGGGGCCCUCCGCGGGAUGCUGGCGGAGCUGCCUCAGUUCCGGUCGCUCCACCUCGACGAGGACGAGUGGGACGCCGUCGUGCCAGCGGACAUCGUGCCGCAGAUCGUCCGCGUCGCGCGCGGCGACGACGCCAAGGACGGCUUCACCUUCUGCUUCGCGAUGAAGGUGCACCGGCGGAUCAUACACGGCGAAGAGGCCCUGCUGAUGGCGUGCAAAGAGAGGGCGGUGGACCUGGACGGCGCGGAGACGGACGACUGCGCGAUCUGCCUGGGUGGCCUGGGGGCAGAGCCCGCCGUGGAGCUGCCGACCUGCGAGCACGCGUUCCACCGCCGGUGCAUUUCCACGUGGUUCUCAAAGACCACGACGUGCCCCAUGUGCCGGGGCGACGUUAGGCUCUGUGCCCUGAGGAAGUUUUUGAACCUGUAG